CACAGUCAGCAACGAAACACAUCAGACAAAGAGUGUCGCUGACGUUGUGAGGUUGUGCUUCUUCAAGAAUCGCACAACCAUUCACAUUUUUGUGCAUAAAAAAUAACUAGAAAAACCCAAAAAAAAUUAAAAAACAAGCAAAAACACCCCAAAAAAAUCGAAAAAAGUGAAAAACCAAGGAAAAUUGCAAGAAAAAUUAGCUACGUGUGCGGAGGACUGCCCUGAACCUAUAGUUUACAACAGGUAGAGGAAGUGGAGCGUUGGCGAGUAGUGAAAUCCACUGCUCAGUGAAAGUGCAUACUCGUAGGGUAACAUGAACCCUGGAGGUCCCAACUAUCAAAUGGCGUCUUUAUAUGUUGGAGAUCUACACGCAGACAUCACUGAGGCGAUGCUGUUCGAGAAAUUCUCAUCGGCUGGCCCGGUGCUUUCCAUCCGUGUCUGCCGUGACGUGGUCACUCGUCGUUCGCUUGGAUAUGCCUACGUCAACUUCCAACAACCAGCGGACGCUGAGCGUGCGCUCGAUACUAUGAAUUUCGAUCUGAUCAAAGGACGUCCAAUUCGUAUUAUGUGGUCACAACGUGAUCCAUCGCUACGCAAGUCUGGAGUUGGCAACGUGUUCAUCAAGAACUUGGACAAAAAUAUCGACAACAAGGCUAUGUACGAUACGUUCUCAGCUUUCGGCAAUAUCCUCAGCUGUAAGGUUGCUCAGGACGAGAAGGGAAAUUCGAAAGGGUAUGGAUUUGUUCAUUUCGAAACCGAAGAAUCGGCAAACACAUCUAUCGAAAAGGUUAACGGUAUGUUGCUCAAUGCUAAGAAGGUUUAUGUUGGCCGAUUCAUCCCACGCAAGGAGCGCGAGAAGGAGCUGGGAGAGAAGGCUAAGCUGUUCACCAAUGUGUAUGUGAAAAACUUCGGUGAUGAGCUGAACGACGAGACCCUCAAGGAAAUGUUCGAAAAAUAUGGAACAAUUACCAGUCAUCGCGUUAUGAUCAAGGACGGCAAAAGCCGUGGCUUCGGUUUCGUUGCCUUUGAAAAUCCUGAGUCAGCUGAACAUGCCGUCCAAGAGUUGAACGGAAAGGAACUCGGUGAAGGCAAAGUCCUAUAUGUUGGCCGAGCACAAAAGAAGAACGAACGUCAAAUGGAGCUCAAACGUCGUUUCGAACAACUGAAAAUGGAACGUUUGACUCGCUACCAAGGUGUUAACCUGUAUGUGAAAAAUCUGGAUGAUUCGAUCGAUGACGAACGUUUACGCAAGGAAUUUUCUCCAUUUGGUACCAUCACUUCUGCCAAGGUGAUGUUGGAAGAAGGUCGUUCUAAAGGAUUCGGUUUCGUUUGUUUCUCUGCUGCCGAGGAAGCCACGAAAGCAGUCACUGAAAUGAAUGGUCGCAUCGUUGGAAGCAAGCCGCUUUAUGUUGCGCUUGCACAACGCAAGGAGGAUCGUAAGGCUCACCUGGCAUCGCAAUACAUGCAGCGUAUGGCCAACAUGCGUAUGCAGCACAUGGGACAAAUCUUCCAACCGGGCGGUAACGGUGGAUAUUAUGUACCAACGCUCCCACAACCGCAACGUUUCUUCUCGAAGCAGGUUAGUCAGAUUCGUACUACUCCGGGAUGGUUCCGUGCAAAUGCGAACCAGAAUGCUGUUGCUGCCAACGCUGCAGGAGGUGCAUAUCCUGCUAUGGCUGCAGCUACCGCUGGUAAUCAAUAUCGUCAAGCUACAAAUGUACGCGCGAAUCAACAACCAGCUCCAAAUGCACAAGCCGCUCAAGCUGCGUCUGCCGCAGCUAUGCGUAACUCGGCUCGACCAAUCACUGGUCAACAGGCUGGUGGCAAUAUGCAAGCUCGCCCGGUUGCUCCACAGAUGGCUGCUAAUCAAGCCCGUGCUGCCAACUACAAGUACACACAAAACAUGCGUAAUCCUCCGGCUCAACCUGUGACUAUGCCAGCUCAACCGGUUGCUCAGCAAGCUGUCCAUGUCAAAGGACAAGAACCACUUACAGCCACCAUGUUGGCUGCAGCGCAGCCAGCAGAACAAAAACAGAUGUUGGGUGAGCGUCUGUUCCCAUUGAUCGAACCAAUGUAUCCAUCGAUUGCAGGUAAGAUCACCGGAAUGUUGCUCGAGAUUGACAACUCGGAGCUCGUUCACAUGCUGGAGCACAGUGAAUCGCUGAAGGCUAAAGUUGACGAAGCCGUUGCAGUUCUGCACGCCCAUCAGCAGAAAACUCAACCGCAGUAAAGCAAUGGACUCGAUUAUUUAGCUGCGACCGUAUAUAAUCUUUCAACAUCAUCGAUAAAGGUCACAUACAAUAUUCCUCUCAUAUAGGCAAAUUUCGGAAAUGAUUCAGUUUUACUCUUCGACAAUGAACACACAUACUUAAAAACUCAGAAAAGGAGAUUCAUAGAGGUAAUGAACUAUUCAUCAAUUGAUUUACGCGUUUUGAUAGAUAACUUUGAAAACGAAAAUUGAACCUAAAUUUGAACUUUCUUGCUAAAUUCAGCUUACCACUGUCGAUUCAUUAAAAUUAAUUCACUUGAAAUGAUGCUAGAAUAAAAAGAUUAUCUAUACUUCUGUCGCACUAAUAUGAGAGUAUACUAUCUGCAUAAUUAUUAUCGGUAGACUAUGCUUGGGAAUACUUGCUAAAGUUGGAGUCCACUGUUAUAAUUUUGCUUCCUAAUUCACAUUUGAUUUUUUUCGGUUUUGGUAAAUUCAAACAAAAUAAAUAAAGUAUAAUAAAAAUAAAAAUACAAAAAAAUUGAAAAUAUAUAUAAAAUAAUAAAAAGGAACGUAAGCAUAAAAAUAAAUGUACGAAAAAAAAACAAAAAAAAAAGCAAAACAGUUGAUUGCGUUCGGCAGUGCAUUGCAGUGUUCAAGCUUUUGUAAGAAAUUUCUUUCAAGGCAUACACGUACAAUCGCACUGUUAGAGCAAUCCCUCAAGAAAAUAAAUACAAGAAAUACCAUUAUCUCUGAACAUAAAAAUUGGAAAACACGUGUGUAAAGAAAGAGGAUUGCAGACACAAAAAAAUAAGAAAACAUCCCACAUAUGAUCACAACAGAUGCGACAGUCUUAAUGAGAAACAGUGAUGAAGAAAAAGCCUCUGAAAAUCACAAAAAAAAAACUGCAAAAAUACAAGAAAAAUCCGAACAAAAAAUUAAUGAACACCUAACCUACCAAGAGUGGUUUAUGUAAACCA